GAAAGAUUAACACAGUGACAAGUGAGAAACACUACAGUACAGCUGGCGCCUCGAUCGUAUAGAUUUUGCUAUAUAUAGAGGAGAUGAUUCAUGACGUUUCUUAUUCGUAAUUCCUUGCAGAAAAAGUCAAUUAGUUUCAAGGGAACGCUUCAGUUCCUGAGGCCGUGUUCUGUUUGGAUUCUGAGAAAGAGUGGGAAAGUGAAAAGGAAAAGAAAACGAUGAAGAAAGAAAAGAAUAGAGAUGAGAUUAAGAGGACUAGAAGCGGGUGGCGUAUAAGGUCGAUUUUCAUGCAUGCGGACGCUGUGGACAAGUUUCUGAUGGCGUUGGGCUUCAUCGGAGCCGUGGGCGACGGCCUCACCAGCCCCUUUCUUUUCAUUCUCUCCAGUCGUUUGAUGAACAACAUCGGCUUCGCCUCUUCUUCACAUUCCUUUCAAACCAACAUCAAUCAAAAUGCGGUGGCUCUGUUGUAUGUAGCAUGUGUGGCAUUUGUUGCAUGUUUUCUCGAAGGAUACUGUUGGACCAGAACUGCCGAGAGACAGACGUCGAGAAUGAGAGCUCGGUAUCUUCGGGCGGUUCUCCGGCAAGAAGUCGGCUACUUCGAUCUUCACGUGACAAGCACGUCCGAGGUCAUCACCUCUGUCUCCAACGACACCUUGGUCAUUCAAGACGUUUUAAGCGAAAUGAUCCCAAACUUCCUAAUGAAUGCGGCAAUGUUCUUCGGAUGCUACAUCGCCGCCGUGGUACUAUUCUGGAAACUAGCGGUGGUCGGAUUGCCGUUCGUGGUGGUUAUGUUGAUCCCAGGGCUCCUCUACGGAAAAAUCUUAAUGGGGUUGACGAGAAAGAGAAUGGAAAGUUACGAAAAGGCCGGAACAGUGGCGGAACAGGCGAUAUCGUCGAUCAGAACGGUGUACGCCUUCGCCGGAGAAGAGAAGACGGUGGCGGAAUAUUCGUCGGCGUUAGAAAGGUCGGUGAAGCUGGGGCUGAAGCAGGGAUUCUCCAAAGGCUUGGCUAUCGGAAGUAACGGAGUUUCGUUCGCGAUUUGGUCGUUCAUGUCGUGGUACGGAAGUAGAAUGGUCAUGUACCACGGCGCCCAUGGUGGGACCGUCUUCGCCGUCGGAGCUUCCAUUACAGUUGGCGGACUAGCAAUUGGUUCGAGUUUAUCCAACAUAGAGUACUUUUCGGAGGCAUGCGCCGCCGGGGAGCGAAUCAUGGAGGUCAUAAACCGGGUACCGGCGAUCGACUCGGCGGACAUGGAAGGGCAGGUUCUGGACAACGUCUCCGGCGAGGUCGAAUUCCAGAACGUGCAGUCGUACCCAUCGCGGCCGGAAACCAUGGUGCUCAAGGACCUGACCCUGAGAAUCCCGGCGGGGCGGACGGCGGCACUGGUCGGCGGCAGCGGGUCUGGAAAGUCGACGGUGGUUUCUCUACUGCAGAGAUUUUACGACCCGAUUGGAGGGACGAUCCUGGUGGACGGAGUGGGCGUUGAGAAGCUGCAACUGAAGUGGCUAAGGUCGCAGAUGGGUCUGGUGAGUCAAGAGCCGGCGCUUUUCGCGACCUCCAUUAAAGAGAAUAUUCUUUUUGGGAAGGAGGAUGCCACCAUGGACGAAGUGGUGGAGGCCGCUAAAGCUUCCAAUGCUCAUAAUUUUAUUUCUCAGUUUCCAAAAGAAUACGAAACCCAGGUGGGAGAAAGAGGAGUUCAAAUGUCGGGAGGACAAAAGCAAAGAAUUGCAAUUGCGCGAGCCAUCAUCAAGAGACCUCGAAUCCUCCUUCUGGAUGAGGCCACCAGUGCGUUGGAUUCAGAAUCGGAGCGAAUCGUCCAAGAAGCCCUUGACAAAGCAGCCAUCGGUCGGACCACCAUCAUCAUUGCCCAUCGACUCUCCACCAUCCGCAAUGCCGACAUCAUCGUCGUGCUCCAAAAUGGCCACGUCAUGGAAAUGGGCUCACACGACGAGCUCAUCCAACACGAAGACGGCCUCUACACCUCCCUGGUCCGCCUCCAACAAAUGGAGAAACAUGACGAACUCAUCCAGCACGAAAACGGCCUCGACAAGAAUAGCAGCAACAGCCGGCUCUUGCUCUUAAGCCGGUCUAACUCUGCCAACUCAGCAGAUUUGGACCGGUUCUCACCGGCUUCGAAUCUAGACAAGGAAAAUCAAUUGGUCCCUUCGCUCCGAAGGUUACUGGCCCUAAAUCUCACCGAGUGGAAGCAGGCGACCAUGGGGUGCAUUGGGGCGAUUUUGUUUGGAGCGGUCCAGCCGUUGUAUGCGUUUGUGUUGGGGACAAUGGUGUCGGUUUAUUUUCUCACAAGUCCCGAUGAGAUUAAGGAGAAGACAAGGAAUUAUGCGUUGUGUUUUGUUGGGCUUGCAGUGUUUUCUCUGGUCAUAAACAUUGUCCCAUUCAACUUUGCGUACAUGGGGGAGUAUCUCACCAAAAGGGUUAGGGAGAUGAUGCUGUCCAAGAUCCUUAGUUUUGAAAUUGGGUGGUUUGAUCAAGAUGAGCACUCGUGUGGUGCAAUUUGCUCAAGAUUAUCCAAAGAUGCCAAUGUGGUGCGAUCUUUGGUGGGGGAUAGAAUGGCACUUGUACUGCAAACGAUCUCAGCAGUAACCAUAGCUUUCACAAUGGGUCUAGUCAUCGCAUGGAGGCUAGCCGUGGUCAUGAUUGCAAUCCAACCAUUGGUCAUCAUUUCUUUCUACACCAGACGAGUCCUUCUGAAGAACAUGUUCAACAAGGCCAUUAAAGUCCAAGAACAGAGCAGCAAACUCGCCGCCGAAGCCGUCUCCAACAUCCGCACAAUCACCGCCUUCUCUUCCCAAGAACGGAUCAUGAAGACGCUGGAGCAGGCCGAAGAAGGCCCACGAAGAGAGAGCAUCAAGCAGUCAUGGUACGCUGGAAUUGGGCUGGGAUGCGCACGAAGCAUCACCACCUGCUCUUGGGCUCUCUCCUUCUGGUACGUGCUGGACAAAGGGACGGUGGUGGAGACCGGAACUCACUCCGCACUAAUGGAGAAGGGGCAGGGUGGGGCCUACUACGCUCUGGUUAGCCUGCAGAGUGGGGCCCACUAA